GACUAAAGCCACCCUUAUCUCCACUAGAUAUGGUUCAAAUGAGCAAGGAGCUGUUCGAGAAAAUCUACACGGAUGUUGACUGCCAUUAUCUUCUUCAUCCGUGGGGCAAAGGCUGCAUCACAUCGUUGCCGGUUUUAUUCAAGGAUUCUCUAAUCGGCAGCGUAAAAUUCUAUUCUAUGGUAUACUUGAUACAAAUACUAAUGCGUGGUAAGAAAAUGAGAAAGAAAGAACAAUGGCUCAAAAUGGGUAACUACUACAUAAGGUCGAUUCUUUUCGGACAGUUCGUUUCCGGAACCGCAUCCAUCAUCGGAUGUAUCGUCAGGAAACUAAACGGCAAUAAGUUCAAGUUCAAUACGUUCCUUUUUGUACCGUUCACAUUGAAUGGUCUGUUUAUUUACUUGGAGCCGCCAAGCAGGAGAGGACUCGUCAUCAAUUUGUUUGUUAAUUUGUAUAUAGAAUACUGGCUUCGGAGAUUGGAAAGAGCUGCAUAUAUUAAAAUUACGAAAAUCCGAACUACCGCACUUUUUAUGCUGGGCAGCGCGCUCCUUUUCUACUUAAUGCGAUUAGAGGGAGAUAAAAAAGAAAGGACCCAAUUGUUUUGGUUAUUUACCCCGGACAAGGUGAGACGAAAAACAGAUGAUUCAAAUAAUGUUUGUCCUCACCAAGGCUCCUGUCAUAAAUAUAUCUUUAAGGGUACGGCUACAUACUUCGCACUUGGCCUAGCGUUUACUGUCGCAAGACUCAUAUUACCAAGGAUUCGCUCACCUAUGACCGCUAUAGCUUCAUUGAGGACGAGACAUUUGAAACUGGCGAUGUUCUUCGGUUCUUAUAUCGGUAUUUACAGAGCUGUGAUAUGUUAUUUGUGCCGCAAGAGAGGAUGUGAUUCUGCAAUAUACGCUUUACCAGCUGGCUGUUUGGCCGGAUUAUCAUUCAUUUUCAGCCCUAGUCUGGGAAUAGCUAUUGGAGCAAUGACAGGAGCUAUGAAGUUAUAUUCAACAAUACUGUAUGAGAAAAAGCUACUGCCCGCACGUUUGCCGUUACCAGAACUCCUGUACUGUAUAUGUCAGGGUACCCUGUUUAGUGCUCGAGUGUUUUACCCAGAAGAGUGUCCCUCAUAUAUUUUCAAUCUUCUAGCUAAAGUCAGCAACAACAGGUCCGAAUGGAUUUACAGCAACUACAAACUACUAUUGGACAAGGCUUUAGAACAAUCCUAGUUUUUAAACAUCCCAAAUGGUAAUUUAUUAUACGAUAGUUAAUUUAGUUCAAUGUUUUAUUGCC